GCUCGGCAGAUGCCCCGAUGGACCCCGAACUCGCCUUUAAUCCUUCAGAAGAACCCCGUCCAGCAGUAUGGCCUCUAAGUCGCAGGAGCCUGUGAAAAGCUCCGGAAUGAGGGAGGCAUCAACCAGCCCGGGCAUUCCUACCGAGGAGUCCUGGUUGCAAGAAGUCCUCUCUCGGCGUGUUUACCAUGGAAAUGAAAGUAUCAUACUGGUUGGAUUCUUCGGUGUUGGGAAACGAACCCUUGGCCUCAUUGCUUCGGCAGCACUACGCCGUGAAUUAGUCGACUUCGAUGUCCUCUUUGAGCAGAAAACGGGUCUCGCGGCUCCAGAAUAUAUCGCAGCCCACGGCACGCAGUCAUAUCGAGAACUCGAAUACAAAAUUACCAUCGAUACCCUCGAGCAGAAACGUUGCGACUGCGUCCUGGUGGGCUUUUUCAGGUUGGCUCGUAGCCGGGAGCAUAAGUUGCUGAAAGAGCUGUCCAGGACCAAUCCUGUCAUCCACAUCAAACGUGAUCGUGCUGCCCUCUUGACUUCAUGGGGGAAUGAGGACGUGAAGUUCAAUAAAGCUUAUGAUCUUAGCAAUACACUCUACAGCAAGUGCACCAAUUUUGACUUUUUCAACAUAACGCAACCCGAUCAAACCGGUUCCAAGGCGCCUCUGAAGUUGAAGCAAACGGAAAGAGACUUCGUGCGUUUCCUGAAAGCUGUCCUUGGCUCUUCCACGUCGCUCUUGCACUCAAGCGCUCCCCUUUCUCCCUCAUACACACAUUGCCUAGAAGUUCGGCUCAGCUGGCUGGAGGAUUCCCAAUCAGAUCUUACUCAACUUGACUCGGGUGCGGAUGCAGUCAGUUUGGUUGUUGAUACCGAUACAGGCGACCUUGAAUUGCUCUCUUGUCGCAUAUGCAAGCAACUAUGCUUCUUGCGAAGACUGACGAGAGCACCCAUUAUAUUUGAUAUCCAUAAUGUUGCGACACCUCUCACCAGAAGUUACUGGGAGCUACUUGAUAUCGGCCUUCGUCAAGCACCUGAUAUAGUCACCGUGAGCUUAGAUUAUCCGGAGGAAAUGAUUGACCUUUUAAGAGCUGCAACCGUCCACACAAAAAUUAUCGGCUCGUCAAAUGUUGCUACCUCGUGGUCACAAAUCGACACAUCAAACAUGCAGACGCUAUAUCGACAAGCGGAAAUAAUCAAGUGCGAUGCCAUUCGAAUUUCGUCUACUUUGACAUCUACGGUGGAAGAUUUCGAGUGCACACGAUUCGCACACGCCACGAACAGAUCAUCCAAAAUACCUUUGAUCUGCUAUGAUAAGUUGAGGAAAACUUCCGUGUGCUUCAACCCUAUCUUAUCUCCAGUCACCAUUUCCUCCCCAUCUACCCCGGGCCUGACAUUGCGGCAGGCGACAAAAGCUCUUUAUUCGAGUUUUGUUCUUCCUCCUAAGCAGUUCACAAUAGUUGGAAAAAGUGUCUCCUAUAGCUUAUCGCCGGCGAUGCACAACGCGGCAUACGAAGCGACCGGAAUGCCCCAUCUCUAUGAUUCCAGACUAAUACCAUCGAUUUCUUCAAUUCAGCAACUGUUGGAUGAAGAAGACCGGGCUGGAAUCGGAGUUUCACUUCCCUACAAGAUGGAAAUCAUGCCAUUACUUGAUUCAACAUCGCUUGAUGCGCGCCACAUUGGAGCGGUGAAUACUGUUGUCAUUGACAGAGAACUCAAUGGAGAGUACCCUAGGGCCAUUUUGAAGGGAUAUAACACAGACUAUAUCGGUGUCCGGAAUUGCGUUGAAAGAAACCUGUCUCCCGCAAACUCAGCCACACCGGAAUCUAGCGCUCUCAUUAUCGGAGCUGGUGGAAUGGCUCGUGCUGCGGUCUAUGCAUGUCGUAAAGCAGGAUUUCAAAAUAUCUGCAUUUAUAAUCGAACAGUUCGGCACGCACAUGACCUCGCAGCACAUUACGACACAUUCUCCGCGUCGGUGCCAGAAACCUCAUUAUCGUUGGUCAUUCUAGAGUCAUUAGAGAGCCCUUGGCCAGAACAUCUCAACCAGCCAACCGUGGUUGUCUCCUGCAUACCUGCAGAUGGGAUAACCCCAAACGAACCCAUAUCCUUUUCCAUCCCGCAUCAGUGGCUACGCAGUCGAACUGGUGGCGUUUUCAUAGAGCUGGCCUAUAAGCCUUUGAAGACCCCGUUUAUGGAGCAGGUGCUACCAAUGUCGUCGCGUGGCUGGAUCGUUGUGGACGGCUUGGAAGUUCUUGUCGAGCAAGGUGUGGCUCAGUUUGAGAUCUUCACGAAGCGACCUGCCCCGAUACAUGUCAUGCGAGCGGCGGUACGAAAGAAAUACUCAAAGACUGAGGCGGAUGAUAUGGGUGAUUUCAGCUUUUAA